AUGGAUCAAAAUGAUGUAUCAUCAAUAAACAUGGAAAAACUUGAGAAUUUCGAAUUAAUUUGGCUCAAUAAAAUGUUCCGUUAUACAGAUAAAUAUUUCGAAGCUAAGCUUCGGCUCCAACAUAUAACACCUUAUUUAAAACCAUUUUUUGAUGUGAAUGAAUGCUUCGAUUAUAUAAUCAAUACCGACGUCGAUCAUAUCAUUCUUCUUAUUUCAAUCGAUUUAUUUGACGAUUCAAAUAUUCUUAAUAGAGCAAAUGAUCUUGUUCAGAUUACAUUUCUCUAUGUAGUUACAUCGUCAUUAUCAUUAAAUGAUGAUAUCUUUUUGAAAAAUAAUCGUGCUGUCUUGAUUAAUGAACAAGAUCUACUUGUCAAACUUAUCGAUGAUGUUCGGUAUUGUACCGAGAAUACAACUAAAUUUAAUAUUUUCACUUCUCCAACAGAAAGUGGCAAAUCAAGCAAAGAUUUGACAAAACAAGCAGCAAAAUUCAUGUGGUUCCAAUAUAUGCUAGAAAUUCUUCUUUGUAUACCUGAACCAAAUGCAGCAAAACAAGAACUGAUCGAAUUUUGUCGAUUAUGUUAUGUCAACGAUCAAAUUGAACAAGAUAAGAUUACUGAUUUUGAACUAAACUAUCAAUCAGACGAAGCAAUUAAAUGGUAUACAAGAGACUCGUUUCUAUUCCGUAUGGUAAACAAAGUUCUUCGAGCUGAAAAUAUUGAUUAUAUCUAUAAAUUACGUUACAUACUUGCUGAUAUUUACACGCAAUUGCUCGAAUUACACUGUGAUUAUCUUCAGUGUUUGAUAGAUUUAGAGCUUUUUCCAUACGUACUCAAAAUUUAUCGUGGUCAAUUGAUGUCUAUUCGAGAACUAGAUCAACUCAGGCGAAAUACUGGCUAUUAUAUUUCCAUGAAUACGUUUCUGUCAACGUCGAGCGAUCGAGAAGUUUCGGUCAUGUUUUCUGGAGAAGGUGCUAGACGACCUCAACUUGAAUCAGUUCUAUUUGAAAUUGAAAUUCAAACAGACACGUGUUCAUUACCAUUUGCUGACAUUCAAAAGUCGAGUUGGAAUCCUGGUGAAGAAGAAAUUCUACUUGCGUUAGGUGCUAUCUUUCGUAUUAAUUCUAUUGAAUCACAAGAUAAUAUUUGGAUUAUUAAAUUGUCACUUUGUAAUCAAGAUUCUACUGGAGUUCAAGAUGUGCAUAAUUUUCUAACAGAUGCAAAACGUCCCGAACAAUUGAGUAUUCAUGACUUUGCCAAAUGCUUAGGUCAAUUAGGAGAAUCUCAUCGGGCAGCUCAAAUAUAUGCAAAUCAACUUCAAUCGCAUCUUUCACCCACAAGCUUGGACGCAGCCAUUCUAUUAUAUAAUUUCGCUAGUUGCAAUAUGACGUGCAAUUAUACUCACCCCAAUGAUUUGUUAAAAUGUUAUCAAGUGUGUGUCAAACUAAUACCACGCCCAUUACUACCCAUGUUUCCAGAAUUAGGUAUUAAUACUGCCAUUUUAUUGAUGGACCAUGGUGAAUAUAAAAUGGCUCAUACUUUGAUUAUAAAAACAAUAUCAAUGAUAGUUAAUGAAUUCGAUGGAACUUUCUCUGAUAAGGUUCGUCGUAUAAAAAUGUUAUCUUUGGCCAACUUAUACAAUAUUUUAGGCGUUUAUCAUGUUUAUCAAGAUGAAUAUGAAGAUGCUUUGAAUUAUUUUCAAUCAACUCUUAGAAUCUUUAGAGGACAUCUACGAUCCAAUAAUGAUCAAUUUGGUAGGAUUUAUUCAAAUCUAGCUAAAUUGUAUUAUAAUCAAGGAAAGUAUUCUGAUGCUAUUGAAUAUAGGGAAAAAGCUAUCUCAAUUUAUUCGCAAAGCUUGCCAUCUAAUCAUUCAGAUUUAGCUGAUUGUUUUCAUAAUUUGGGUAUAUUAUAUGCAGAAAAUGGUGAAAUUGUUAAAGCUUGUGAAGUAAUAGGUGCUGCGCUAGAAAAACGUUUGAAAGCAGAAACAGUUAAUCACGUCUUAGUGGGCAUGUCAUAUCUUCAUCUUGGUCAUCUCUUUGCUAGAAUAGAUUAUAAUACACAGGCACUGGUUUAUUAUAUUAAAACUGAAGAAAUAAGGCGUCAAUAUUUGCCUGAAAGUCAUUUAUUAUUUAGACAACUAUUUAUUGCCUUAGGAAAAGUCUAUGGUCAUGCGAAGGGUGAUUUAAUGACUGCGCGUAGCUUUUUAGAAAAAGCUUUGCUUAUAGAAAUAAAUCAUUUGAAAAGAAAUUCUCAAAAUGUCAGCAUAUUUCUUGGCUAUAUAAAUUUUAAUCUUGGAGAAAACUAUUAUCAUUGUGGAAAAUAUGAAGAAGCUUUAAUAUAUUAUGAAAAAGCGUUCGAAAUUUUUCAAUGCACUUUACCGAACACUCAUCUUAUUUUCGUUCGUCUCUGCAACAAUAUUGCUUUGACAUAUCAAGAUUUGGGAAAUCAGGACCUAGCCAUCACAUAUUAUGAACGAUCUAUCGAUAUAAUUCAUUCUCAAGAAUCUGUUUCUUUGAAAAAUGACAUCCUUGCUGAUGCUUAUGGUAAUAUUGGUACUCUACAUCUUCAGAAUGGUUCAUUUAAAAAAGCAAUAGAAUAUUUUGAAAAAGAAUUGGCUACAAAAAAAUUCACGAUUGUCACGUGUCAAUCACCAUAUUUUAUUACAACAUAUACGAAUUUAGGCGGUGCUUAUAUGGCAUUGAAUAAGCAUACAGAAGCGCUCGCAUAUCACCAUCGAGCUCUAGAUAUUGCACAAGCCAUCUUACCAACAUAUCAUGAGACACUUGCUACUCCUACAUGA